CAAAUUCCGGAUGUAAGUCCAACCGGUCGUUAUACUACAGCAACUCCGUUCACUAUCAUUCUUAUUGUUUCUGCGUUGAAGGAGAUUUAUGAAGACCUUAAAAGGAAAAGAUCUGAUGAUAAAGUGAACAAUUUUUUAACGCGCGUUUUACGAGAUGGCAAGUGGAGUGAUAUACGAUGGAAAGAGGUUGUUGUUGGUGACUUUGUAAAAAUAUUGAAUGAUGAGCUUUUUCCUGCCGACUUGUUGCUUCUCUCAUCCAGCGAACCAUAUGCAAUGUGUUAUAUUGAAACUUCAAACUUGGAUGGAGAGACAAAUUUAAAAAUACGCCAAGGUUUAACGUCUACAUCUAAUUUACAAUCACUUGACGACGUUAAUUCUUUUACGUGUGAAGUCGAAUGUGAACCGCCGAGCGGACGGGUAGAUGAAUUUACUGGAACAAUGAUUAUUGAGGGCCGGAAAUUGUCUUUAGCUGCUGGACAAAUUUUACUUCGGGGCGCUCGUUUGAAAAAUACGAAGUGGAUAUGUGGUAUAGCGCUUUAUACUGGACACGAAGCAAAGUUAUUAAUGAAUUCGAAGGCAGCACCGCUUAAACAAUCUAAUGUUGACAUUGUGACAAAUCGACGAAUCUUAAUUCUUUUUGGUGCUCUGGUGAUGCUUGCUCUAAUUAGCGCUACGGGGGCUUACUUCUAUGAUACUUCGCUCCUUGUGAAUUCGUAUUACCUUGCACAUUUUGUUCGCGCGGAAAGGUUUAAUUUAUUCAGAUCGGCGACGUCAUUCUUUUAUAGCGUUCUUACGUUUUUUAUUCUGUAUAAUAAUUUAAUACCGAUAUCUUUGCAAGUCACUCUUGAAAUGGUGCGGUUUUUCCAAGCUGCCUACAUUAAUAAUGUGAAGUUCGUAAUGUGCGACAAAACUGGGACUUUGACGCGAAAUGUGAUGAAAUUCAAAAGAUGUUCUAUUGCGGGUGUUAAUUAUGGUGAUGACGAAACUGACGAAUUUGAUGGGAGUGCGCUUCUAAAAGAUCUAAAAAAUUCUCAUCUGUCAAACUACGUGACAGAAUUUCUACGUAUGUUGGCAGUGUGUCAUACUGUUGUUCCUGAAAAAACAGAGGAUGAACAGUUGGUUUAUCAAGCAUCGUCUCCAGAUGAAGGUGCUUUAGUUCGCGGAGCCAAGUCCUUAGGGUUUAUUUUUCAUACGAGAGAACCGGACUCGGUCAUCAUCAACGAGAAUGGGAAAGAAGUGAGAUACACGGUUCUAAAUGUCCUCGAGUUUACAAGCGACAGGAAAAGGAUGAGUGUUAUUGUUCGCUUUCCUGAUGGACGUAUAAAACUGUUUACAAAAGGAGCGGAUUCUGUGAUUUAUGAUCGUCUACAUUCUGACUCGAAGUUUCAGAAUGAAUGCAUGUCACAUUUAACGGAAUACGCGAAAAAGGGGUACCGGACUCUUUGUUUUGCGUAUCGGGAACUGGACUUGGAUUUUUACAAUGAAUGGUCUAAUGAAUAUCGUGAGGCAUCUGUGAGCAUGAAGGGUCGUGAAAAAAUGGUUGCUGACUGCGCAGAACGUAUUGAAAACAGUCUUCAUUUAAUAGGAGCUUCAGCUAUAGAGGACAAAUUACAAGAAGGAGUUUUGCAAACGAUUUAUUCAUUAAUGAGUGCAGAGAUACGUGUUUGGAUGUUAACGGGUGACAAGCGCGAAACUGCAGUUAAUAUCGCACGUUCUUGUGGUUUGUGCACUCAACGAACUACUGAACUGCAGUUAAAUACAAAAAACUUCGCUGAUACGGGUAAAAGGCUUGGAGAACUUAUAGAGGAAGCAGUUUUACUGAGGCGAGAGAAGGAAGAGUUCACUCUAAUUAUUGACGGCACGGGCCUGCAUUAUGCUUUGAGAGGCCUUUGCCGUCAACAGUUAUUAGAAUUGUCGCUUCUUUGCCGUUCUGUUAUUUGUUGCCGCAUGACUCCUAUGCAGAAAGCAGAAGUUGUUGAAAUGGCUCAAGGUAAUGGUGCAAAUGUCGUGUUAGCUGUCGGUGAUGGAGCCAAUGAUGUUCCUAUGAUUCGAGCAGCAAACGUUGGAAUUGGGAUUUCCGGCGAGGAAGGACUACAAGCCGCUUCUGCUAGUGACUAUUCUAUAGCUCAAUUUCGGUUUUUAAGAAGACUAAUAUUUGUACAUGGGGCUUGGAAUUUUGAACGUAGCUCAAAGGUUAUACUGUACAGUUUUUACAAAAACAUCUGCUUAUAUCUGAUUGAGUUGUGGUUUGCGUUCUCUUCAGCCUUUUCUGGCCAAACUGUUUUUGAACGCUGGACUAUUGCUUUGUUUAACGUAAUGUUCACGGCUUUCCCACCAAUUAUGCUUGGUCUUUUUGAUAAGCCAGUAUCUGAAAAACUUAUGUUUAAAUAUCCUAUGUUGUAUUACAACUUGCAAAAGACGUCCUUUACACGUUUUGCUAAGUGGAUUGGUUUGGCCGUAUGGCAUUCAUUAACGCUGUAUUACUUGUCGUUCACUUUUCUGAGUAAUCCUGUGGAAUGGGCUCAUGGACGUACGGGUGGAUGGUUGAUGCUUGGGAAUUCAUGUUAUACUUUUGUUGUUAUAACUGUUUGCUUAAAAGCACUACUGGAAUGCAAUUCUUGGACAGCAGUCUUAGUUGCCUCAUCUUUUGGGUCUAUGGUGCUGUGGAUGGUUUUUCUUGUUCUUUAUGCUUUAGCUUGGCCAAGAUUUCCGGUAGGGGCUGAUAUGCACGGGAUGGCUUUCAUAAUGUUCUCAUCUGCGAGCUUUUGGUUCGCUUGCGUCUUGAUCCCCGUCUUGACGUUGUCCGUUGAUUUCGGUUGGAAAGCGUAA